GAAGUCAGUUGAAUACAUUGAUCUCACUUAUUUACAAAGGUGGGGAUUUUGAGGGUGGAUUUUUGCCUCUCACUGAUUGUGACAUUGGACUCCAGCUAGAAGCUGUCUUCAGGCCAUCACAUAGUAAAUGUAAGGCUGCUGCACGCUGCAGCCCUUCUCUGUCAAGGGACAGUUUGGGGGAGAAAGCAUGCCGAGAUACACAGUGCAUGUCCGAGGAGAAUGGCUGGCAGUGCCAUGUCAAAGCAGCACCAGCACAGUUGGGUGGCUGGGAAAGGAAGCUGUGAGACGGUACAUGAAGAACAAACCUGACAAUGGGGGAUUUUCCUCUGUAGAAGAAGUAAAAUUUUACGUUCGAAGGUGCAAAGGACUUGGCCUGCUGGAUCUUGAAGAUACAGUGGAGGAUGCUCUGGAGGAUAAUGAAUUUGUUGAAGUUGUUAUAGAAGGAGAUAUAAUGUCUCCCAAUUUCAUACCAUCUCAGCCAGAAGGAGUUCAUUUAUACAGCAAAUACCGAGAGCCAGAACAGUAUAUUUUUUUAGAUGGCAACAGUUUAACAACGGAAGACUUGGUCAAUUUAGGAAAGGGGCUCUACAAGAUCAAGCUCACGCCUGAAGCUGAAGCAAAAGUCAAUGAAUCACGAGAAGUGAUUGAAAGGAUCGUAAAGGAACAGACAGUUGUUUAUGGAAUCACCACAGGGUUUGGGAAGUUUGCCAGGACAGUCAUCCCAAACAGUAAGCUGAGGGAGCUUCAAGUGAACUUGGUUCGCUCACAUUCAGCUGGUGUGGGGAAACCCUUAAGCCCAGAGAGGUCUCGCAUGCUGCUGGCACUGAGAAUCAACGUCCUGGCAAAAGGAUACAGUGGAAUAUCUCUAGAAACGCUCCAACAAGUUAUUGAAGCAUUUAAUGCAUCCUGCCUUCCUUAUAUCCCAGAAAAAGGAACAGUUGGAGCCAGUGGAGACUUGGCCCCCCUCUCUCAUCUUGCUCUGGGAUUAAUUGGAGAGGGAAAAAUGUGGUCCCCAAAGAGUGGCUGGGCUGAUGCUAAAUAUGUCCUGGAAGCCCAUGGUCUCAGACCAAUUACCUUGAAACCAAAAGAGGGUCUGGCUCUCAUCAAUGGGACACAAAUGAUCACCUCGCUGGGAUGUGAGGCGGUUGAAAGAGCUGGUGCUAUAGCUAGACAAGCUGACAUAAUUGCUGCCCUUACGCUUGAAGUCUUGAAGGGUACAACGAGGGCCUUUGACACUGAUAUCCAUGCAGUGCGCCCACACCGAGGGCAGGCUGAAGUGGCAUUUCGAUUCAGGUCCCUUCUAGAUUCUGACCAUCAUCCAUCAGAAAUAGCAGAGAGCCAUAGAUUCUGUGACCGAGUUCAGGAUGCAUACACGAUGCGCUGCUGCCCUCAGGUGCAUGGAGUUGUAAACGAUACAAUUGCUUUUGUGAAGGACAUCAUGAUGACUGAAAUCAAUAGUGCCACGGACAACCCUAUGGUGUUUGCUGAAAGAGCAGAGACCAUUUCUGGAGGAAAUUUUCAUGGUGAAUAUCCUGCAAAGGCUCUGGACUACUUGGCAAUUGGUGUGCAUGAACUUGCUGCAAUUAGUGAAAGAAGAAUUGAGAGGCUCUGCAACCCCUCGCUCAGCGAACUGCCUGCAUUUUUAGUCACUGAAGGAGGUCUGAACUCUGGCUUCAUGAUAGCACACUGCACAGCAGCUGCCCUGGUUUCUGAGAACAAAGCCUUGUGCCACCCCUCUUCUGUCGAUUCUCUCUCAACCAGUGCUGCUACAGAGGAUCAUGUGUCCAUGGGAGGAUGGGCUGCAAGAAAAGCCUUGAGAGUUAUUGAACAUGUGGAACAAGUUCUGGCUAUCGAGCUGCUUGCGGCCUGCCAGGGCAUUGAAUUCCUACGCCCUCUGAGAACAACAACCCCAUUGGAGAAGGUCUACGACCUUGUGCGCUCCGUUGUGAGGCCUUGGAUAAAGGAUCGCUUCAUGGCCCCAGAUAUUGAAGCAGCUCAUAGGCUGCUCGUGGAGCAGCAGGUGUGGGAAGUGGCUGAACCUUACAUUGAAAAGUACAGGAGGGAACACAUCCCUGAAUCGAGACCCAUUUCACCAACAGCUUUCUCCCUGGGAUUGCUGGAUCAUAUAGGUGUUGGUCAUGACCACAGGCAUCAGAAUGAACUUUAAGAGAGCAGAUCCUUUCCAGGACUUUGCCCAAGGGUAGCUGUUCUAUUUGAACUCAGUGUGGUUUCUUCAGGUGAACCAAAGGACUUGACUGUGUAGCUCAGGAGCGCAUAGAGAUAGUAAAGAAAUGGCUCACUAGUUUCCUUACAUGUGAAAGACAGUCUAUCAUGAUAGUGUGGUUUUGACUGAAUUUCCUGAGCUUCUAACACAAAGCAUUAAUGGAUGUUUUGCACAGGGCAUCCUGUAUUUGUUUUUUCAGCUCUUCUCUUGUUUUCUCCUCAGCUGUGCCAAUGAUACCAAACAACCUAGGUUUGAUAUUCUCGCCUUUAUUUUUUUUUCCUUGGAGUAACUGCUAUGGUCCCCUUCAUUCUGCCUCAACAAAAUUAUCUUAAGGAGACUUAAUUAUCCUCUUUCUUGCAGAUCAUGUGUGAGGUACAGGUUCUUGUAUUUUUAGAGCAGGUGCUUCAUAAAUCACAAAAGCUGUGCGCAUGAAAAUGUACUUUGGAGGGUAUUGUUCCAGAGCAAAUAUGUUGUGUUCUCGUGAUGAACUACACUCGAUGCAGCUUUCCAAGAGCUAUGAGCUCACACCUGCAAUAAAUAAACUGAGGUUUCAUAUA